AUGCGGUCGAUAGCGUCUCAAACCGCCCGUAGGAUUCGCUCAUGCCUCAUAUCCGAGUCGACCCCUUCACGAUCACAGAUAGCUCGGAGAGCAGCUCCAUGCCUUCUCUGUCUUCAUCGCACCUCGUCGCAGCCCUCUUACCGCCGAUUUCAGUCCACACGCACGACUCCCAAUGCGCGUGAAACGGCCUUGGACACGCAAUCAGCGCAAUCCACCUCUGCACCAAAGACACACUAUGAAUUCUUCCCAAAGUCAUUACCACAUGGCCCGCCGCCUGCGGGAACAUUUGACAUAGACUUGAGCGCCCUGAAGAAGGAAUUUCUUCAACUCCAGGCCCGCGCCCACCCAGACAUGCAUGCGCAAUCCGAUAAGAAGCGCGCCGAAGCAUUGUCCUCGACUAUCAACACGGCAUAUAAAACCCUGCAGUCGCCGCUUCUUCGAGCGCAAUACCUACUCUCACUCCGCGGCAUCGAGACGGCUGAGGACGAGACGGCCAAAGUGGAGGACCCGGAGCUGUUGAUGGAGGUAUUGGAGGCACGGGAAUUGAUCGAGGAGGCUGAGAAAGAAGAGGAUUUGGCAGGGUUAAGGGAGGAGAAUGAGCAGAGGAUAAAAGAAAGCGUAGCAAAAUUAGGGGAAAUGUUUAGUAAAGAGGACUGGGAGGGGGCUAGGGGAGAGGUGGUGCGGUUGAGGUAUUGGAGCAAUAUCCAAGAGAGUAUCGAGGGUUGGGAGAAGGGAAAGGGCGUCGUGUUGAAUCAUUGA